GAACAUUUUGGAGUUAAUAGAAUUUUUUGAAGAUGACACGAGAUACUACCUUGUCUUUGAGAAGCUGCGAGGAGGUUCAAUCCUGGCCCACAUACAAAAGCAGAAACACUUCAAUGAACGAGAAGCUAGCAAAGUAGUCAGAGAUAUUGCCUCUGCUCUGGAUUUUCUUCAUACAAAAGGUAUUGCUCACAGGGACCUGAAGCCUGAAAACAUCCUGUGUGAAUCUCCGGAAAAGAUAUCACCAGUAAAAAUAUGUGACUUUGAUCUUGGUAGUGGGGUGAAGCUGAACAGCGCGUGUACUCCGAUAACCACUCCUGAGUUGACAACACCGUGUGGAUCUGCAGAGUACAUGGCACCCGAAGUGGUUGAAGUCUUCACGGAGGAGGCCACGUUUUAUGACAAGCGGUGUGAUCUUUGGAGCCUGGGAGUGAUUCUGUACAUCAUGCUCAGUGGGUACCCCCCUUUUGUGGGCAACUGUGGCACCGACUGUGGCUGGGACAGAGGAGAAGUCUGCAGAGUUUGCCAGAACAAGCUUUUUGAGAGCAUUCAAGAAGGCAAGUACGAAUUUCCUGACAAGGACUGGUCGCACAUAUCCUCUGAAGCCAAAGAUCUCAUCUCAAAGUUACUGGUUCGUGACGCCAAAGAACGACUUAGUGCCGCUCAAGUUUUGCAACAUUCAUGGGUUCAAGGACAGGCUCCUGAAAGGGGAUUACCCACCCCUCAAGUUCUUCAAAGGAACAGCAGCACAAAGGACCUGACGCUUUUUGCUGCUGAGGCUAUAGCCCUUAACCGCCAGUUGUCUCAGCAUGAGAAUGGGCUCAGCGCAGAGCAGGAGAGCGUUGCCCACGCUGUGUGCUCCAUGAAGCUUUCUCCUCCGUCCAAGUCUCGCCUCGCCAAGCGCAGAGCCAUGACGCACGCCACCAAAACCAGUGACUUUCAGCCAGUACCCCACAAAGCCUUUUAA